AUGAGAGAUCUGGAGGUGGCUAUAUGCAGGGACCUCAAGAUGAGGCCUUUGUUGGAGACUAAGGCAUCUGUGAAAGAGAGCUCCGAUCAGAGUAGGAAAUUCACCCCACAGAGGAACAGUCUUGAUCCUGACAGCUGUCGUCGCCACUUCCGGAACUUCCACUAUCCUGAAGCAGCUGGACCCCUCCAGGCUGUCAGCCAGCUUCGGGAAUUAUGUCGUCGGUGGCUGAGGCCAGAGAUCCACUCGAAAGAGCAGAUCUGUGAGCUGCUGGUGAUAGAGCAGUUCCUGACCAUUAUACCCAGGCAGAUCAAGACCCAGAUGCAGAAGCAUCAUCCAGAAAGCAUUGCGGAGGCUGUGGCCCUGGUUGAACACUUUCAGGGAGAAUCUUAUCAAAGGAGGAAUGAGAGUUUGUUGACCUUUGAAGAUGUGUCCCUGAAUUUUUCCCAGGAAGAAUGGGAGUUACUGGACCCCACUCAGAAGGCCCUGUACAACGAUGUGAUGCAGGAGAACUAUGACAUUGUCAUCUCUCUGGGGUUAAAACUCCAAAAUGACACUGAAAUUGAUCGGCCUAUAUCUCCUUCUGAGGUAGACAUACAACCACCAGGAGGCAGAGUAUCACAAACAGCCAAAGUUAAAGCUCCCAACAAAACAACUGGCAAAGAAAAUCAUCAUGGUACACACAAGGUGAGGAAACAGCAUCAGAAUUUUCCAGGGAAGAAAAGAAGGAAAGAGUCAAUUUGUAAACAAGAGGUGCCAACAUGUACUGAUCUUCACGGGAAAAGCCACUCCGGGAAGAAAUCUUUUAAAUGUCAGGAAUGUGGAAAAAACUUCAGAGUGAGCUCUGACCUUAUUAAUCACCAGAGGAUUCACACUGAAAAGAGACCUUAUAAAUGUCAACAAUGUGAUAGGAGGUUUAGAUGGAUUUCAGAUCUUAACAAGCACCUAAUGACACACCAAGGAAUAAAACCACAUAAAUGUUCAUGGUGUGGGAAAAGCUUCAGUCAUAUCACAAAUCUCCACACACACCAGAGAAUCCACACAGGAGAGAAACCGUUUAAGUGUCAUGAAUGUGGAAAAAGAUUCAGUCAGAACUCUCAUCUUAUUAACCACCAGAGAACUCACACAGGUGAGCAGCCCUUUAUUUGUAGCAUAUGCAAGAGAAAAUUUAGCAGGCGGUCAAGCCUUCUUAGACACCAGAAACUCCACAGGGGAAAGGAAGUUUGUCCCAUGUCCCCAGUCUGA